GUGUGCCUCAUCUUGGAUUUGCUCGGUACCCAUGUGGUGUAAUAGAAGUAGGAUUUCUGCAGGUUCAGAACCUCCAGACCCUACCCAAUGUAAUCUGGUUGGGACACUGGUGCCACCUAUUCUGCAGAGAAGUGAAGUGACCUUCCUACUUGCCACAGCUGGUGACUGGCACAGGAGCCAUGCGGGGCCAGCGGAGCCUGCUGCUGGGGCCCGCCCGCCUCUGCCUGCGCCUGCUUCUGCUCCUGGGCUACAGGCGCCGCUGCCCACCUCUGCUCCGGGGCCUGGUACAGCGCUGGCGCUAUGGCAAGGUCUGCCUGCGCUCCCUGCUCUACAACUCCUUUGGGGGCAGUGACACCGCUGUCGAUGCUGCCUUUGAGCCUAUCUACUGGCUGGUGGACAACGUGAUCCGCUGGUGUGGGGUGGUGUUCGUGGUGUUGGUGAUUGUGCUGACCAGCUCCAUCGUGGCCAUUGCCUACCUGUGCGUCCUGCCUCUCAUCCUCCGAACGUACUCAGUGCCACGGCUCUGCUGGCACUUCUUCUACAGCCACUGGAAUCUGAUCCUUAUUGUCUUCCAUUACUACCAGGCCAUCACCACUCCACCUGGAUACCCACCGCAGGGCAGGAAUGACAUUGCAACAGUCUCCAUUUGUAAGAAGUGCAUUUACCCCAAGCCAGCCCGAACACACCACUGCAGCAUCUGCAAUAGGUGUGUGCUGAAGAUGGAUCACCACUGCCCCUGGCUAAACAACUGUGUGGGCCACUAUAACCAUCGGUACUUCUUCUCUUUCUGCUUUUUCAUGACUCUGGGCUGUGUCUACUGCAGCUAUGGAAGUUGGGACCUUUUCCGGGAAGCUUAUGCUGCCAUUGAGAAAAUGAAACAGCUCGACAAGAACAAACUACAGGCGGUUGCCAACCAGACGUAUCACCAGACCCCACCACCCACCUUCUCCUUCCGAGAAAGGGUGACUCACAAGAGUCUUGUCUACCUCUGGUUCCUGUGCAGUUCCGUAGCACUUGCCUUGGGUGCCCUAACUAUAUGGCAUGCCGUUCUCAUCAGUCGAGGGGAGACUAGUAUCGAAAGGCACAUCAACAAGAAGGAGAGACGUCGGCUGCAGGCCAAGGGCAGAGUUUUUAGGAAUCAUUACAACUAUGGCUGCCUGGACAACUGGAAGGUUUUCCUGGGUGUGGAUACAGGAAGACACUGGCUUACUCGGGUGCUGUUACCUUCUAGUCAUCUGCCCCAUGGGAAUGGAAUGAGCUGGGACCCCCCUCCCUGGGUGACUGCUCACUCGGCCUCUGUGAUGGCAGUGUGAGCUGGAUUGUGUCAGUCACAGCUUGAGCACCACCCUGCUUCCUACGUUGUCUCAAGGGCCUCCAAGGAUAGCUUCUUGGGAUCCUUGGGCAAAAAAGUCAGUGGGCCUGCCUUAGAGUACUGUGCAGGGACAACUCCAAGACCAGUCUCCUGGCUACUGCAGAAACAAGGCACGAUGUGGAAAAAUCCUAGGACUGAUGUUCCUUUACUCAGCUCAGGCAAACUGAACUUCCAGCCCCAGACUGGAGAUUAGGCAGCUAGCAACCUUGCCAGGUGCUGACCCCAACCUCCUCCAGGUUCCAGCACUGGGGUUGGCCACCUCCUCUUCCACUUGCUGUCUGAGGAAACACCUGAACAGUAGAGCGGAGAUUCUGGCUUCUCAACAGGGCAAGACACCAUGCCUACUGCUGAGGUCACUGCCACUUCUCACAUGCUGCUGAAGGUGAAAAAUAAAGGUAUUUGAUUUUUAAAGA